AUGGACUCCGUAAAUUCGCAUGAUAAAGAAGAUAAUAUAAAUCUCCCAGAAGGAAAUGAAUCAAACAUAUCAAGCAAGGAACCGAAGUCAGAUACAUCGAAAAAGUCGUCCAAAUCUACCAUGUCGAAAAAGCUGAGACAAACGGACAAGUUGGAACCCUCAAACGAUAAUGACAACCUCAUUAAGUCAGAUGGGUUAAACAUGAAAGAAACAAACUCUGGAGUUUUCCACAUGAACGAUGAUAAGAUAAAUAAGUACAGGGAUUUUCUACAAAAUUCUAGUGAUGAAUACACGAUUCAACAGAUGGAAACGUUUUUAAAACAUGGAAUUUCCAACAAUGGAGUUAGAAUGAUGACGAGGGAUACUUGCUCAUGGGUAUAUGAUUAUUACAAAACGACAAAGACAUCCACUCCUGCUUUAAAAGAAUUUACACCAGGUACAACUGUUGAUUAUUAUUAUUACACAACCCCUUUUCGAACGCAAAUUGGAAAUAUAAACUUGGUUAUGAUGCAUAGUCAGGUAAAUUUUGGAGAUGGAACAUCUACUCCAGCAGACAGAGCUUUCAAAAUUAAUGCAGUAACACCUGAAAUGGUUAAGGCGGCAAAGAUCAAGGCCCGAGCGUAUAAAAACGAUUGUGCCGAUUGGAUUUAG